AUGAAGACCUUCAAGCUUUGGUACAUUGGAGGAUGCACUGGUGGGGCUCUGCCAGCAUCUCCAGUGGAGGCAGGACCUUGGGGUGGAAUUAAUCACUGCAGAGAGUCCAGAAAUCAUCUCCCUGCAGAACACAGGGAAAGCCCUGAUACUGGAAGACAGAGACAACCAAGGCCAAUUAUACUCAUUGCAGUCAGCCUCUGUAAUAACAAAGAUGCGACCCAGGACAGUCUUACAAGGUUCAUUGUAUACUUGCUGGAGAUGGCAGGAGAGAGGUGUGAUGAGGAAGUCUGUGACACCCUUUGCAUCAUUUUUUAUAUGAAAGACUUCUCAGUUAACUGCCUGGAGUACUGUUUCAUUAAGAGCAUGAUCUGGCUCCUAUCCCACUACUACCCAGAAAGACUAGGGGUUUGGCUGUUUGUUAACCUGCCGUUCAGCAGCUGUUGGCCAAUUAUCUGUAAAUGGCUUGAUGAGAGGACAGCCAAGAACGUAGUUUUCGUCAUCUGAGGAAGAACUCAAGCAGCAUGUGCUUCUUACUGCACUCCCUUGGAACCUCCUUCCCUAAUCCUGAAACAGG